AAUUCCCAUUUACCCUCACAUUUCCUUCUGAUUUUCCCUUCUAACUCCCUCCCAAAAGAAAGCAAAGGAAUUGAAAUCCUUCCCAAUGGCAGGCAUCACCUCUUCUGCUGCUGUUGCCAUCCCAUCAUUCACCGGCCUAAAGUCCGCUAGCAGACCCAUGACCACCACCACUGCCAAGGUGUCAACCGCCACUCCACUCCUCCCAAAGCUCAGCAUCAAGGCUUCGCUGAAAGAAGCCGGUGUGGCUGCGGUCGUUGCCACCGCAGCCAGUGCAAUCCUGGCCGGAAACGCCAUGGCCAUCGAGGUGCUGCUGGGAAGCUCAGACGGUGGGUUGGUUUUUGAACCAAGCAGCUUCUCAGUGGCUGCGGGGGAGAAGAUAGUGUUCAAGAACAAUGCAGGGUUCCCACACAACGUGGUGUUCGAUGAGGACGAGGUGCCUUCUGGGGUGGACGCGACGAAGAUAUCGAUGAGUGAUGAGGACCUUCUGAAUGCUCCGGGAGAGACGUAUGCUGUGACUUUGACUGAGAAAGGUAGUUAUGGUUUCUACUGUACUCCUCACCAAGGUGCUGGCAUGGUUGGCAAAGUCACCGUUAACUAGACAAAGAGAGUUUAGAGUGUACUUUAGUCUCUCUCUGUGUGUGUCUGUAAAAUGAGAACUUUGAGACUAUGAUUCCAAUUCCUCUCUACUUUCUAUUUUUUGUUCUUUUUUCUUUUUUACCUCCUAUUUAAUUUCUACUUUAAUAAAUCUGGUUUUCUUUGUUAUGUUCAGGGAAAUAUUUAUUACAGACGA